GUUUUACACUGCAAUGGCAGGGAAAUCUUCUCCUUUUUGACACAUCAUUUGCACAUUAACCUGCUGUUGCAUCCAAAGGAUUUGCUCAGAAAUGAAGACACUUUAUUUCAUUUGUUUCUUCUUCCAAAGCUUCAUGCAUCUGGUGGAUGCAGGAGCAUUGUCUGCAAGUGCAGAGAUUGUGGGCAUAAAUGGAGGCCUUCUUAAUGGAGCCUUGAUUGCCAAUGCAGCUAACCCAGGUAUUGUUAAUGGAGCUUUGCUGGGUGGGCAGCCUCAGAUAGCACAGGUCAUCCCAGGUGUUUCACCUAUCGUUGUCCUGCAGCCUGGCAUUGGUCUGGCUCAGGCCGGACUGCCUAUCAUUCCUGAUCUUGCACUACAGCAGGGCCUCUUGCUUCCUCUACAACAACAGCAGCCUGGCAUCCCCCAGGGCCAACUGCUGCAACUGCCCAAUGGGGGGGCCCCUUUAUUAGCAGUGCUACAGCAAGCGAAUGUAGUAGCAGGGCUGCAGGUACCGGCACCAAACCAACUACAACUCAUAAAGAUUCUUCCAGUUGCCGGAGCAAAUGGCAACCUGCAGUUACCGGCACUCCAGGCAGCUGGUGUACAGGCAGCUGGCAAUGGAGCACAGAGAGUCAAGCAUUCAGCACCUGCAAACCCAAAUCCAGCAGUGCCAGGCUCAGAGGCUGCAUCACUUUCCAGUGGUCGGCCAGCGAUGUCUCUUGCUGAAGCUCUAAAGCUUCCUUCAUUUCAAUCCAAAAUAAAUCCGUCCAAAUAAAUACCUGGAACACAUCAAUACCAACCUUCCUCUGCAGGUACAACAUGAAUCAUCGUGAUGGCACACCGGGAUCCUGCAGCAUUAAAUGAUACUAAAAAGAAUAUUCAUGGAAAUUUAAAUGUUAGUUAAGAUGUCUAAUUACUACUGUUUUAAGAUUAGAAUAAUAAAAUUCUGUUCUUAUGUUGAAGAUACAGACUAAUAGUUUCUGUGCUUGAUGUAUGUCUAUUUUAAAAUGAUUGAUGAAUAAAUAUGUUAAUA